GGACGCGUUGUGAACCACCCGUCGCGGUUGGCCACAGACACGUCCACCUUCCCCUCUCCGCCCUCUCCGCCACUCCUCCCAACACUCUCGGACUCGCGCAAACGCAAUGGACGGCUCAAGACACGGCGAGGCCGGCGUGCUCGCAUGGUGUAACACCAUCCGCUUCAACAUGGCCAAGGACCCCGGCCGCCAGAUGCUUCAUGACCAGAUUCAGACGCAGGGCCUCGACUUUCUCGACAAUUACCUGGAGAGCUUUUUUGACGGACCUCAGAACGAGCCCGUCAUCGAGCUUUUGAAGACGCCUGGUCGCAAGAAGAACGCACCGGUCAGGACGCGUGCGGCAAUAGCAGCCGCAGAGAAGUCUCGAGGAAUCACAUCACUGUCUUUCGAGGACCUCGACGCGAAGGAAAACCGCGGUCCCGUCAACGAGUUUCAGAAAGCUCUCCUUCGAGUCAAGGAGCAGGCUGAGGGCGAUGCCACACGUCCCACCACUUCCCAUCCAGUCUCGUCUGAUAGGCCUCUCAAGCCCUCAGCGUCUUUUGCCAAACUCAAGACGCAGAAGAUCGUCACUAUUGCUGACAGUCCCGCCGUCCAGUCUCCUGGGCGCGAUGACAAUAGGAUGGACCUGGACGAAGACCUCGAGCCCAUACCUGCGGUCCAGUUUGCUCUCGACCCGCCCUCCAUGGAACCCGCUCUUCCGGAUGCGAUCUUGCACGAGAGCCAGGAAGCGAUCAAGGACUUGUCCAUGAUUGCUGAAGACGAUGAGCCGGCGGAGCGGAGUAGAGUGUCCCUUCCUACGGCAACGAUUGCUGCGACGGCGCCCUCCCAAGCACUUCCUCAAGUCUUGGCCACACACGAUGUACAAGACGUAUUCCAUGACGUACCGCAAGAGCCCCCGCAGAGCAGCGAAGUUCCGACUGACGAUGAGCCUGAUGAGCCUCCCAUAGAUGCGGCAGAAGAGAUCGAAGAACCUCCCAUUGGCAAGAUGACGUCUGGGUCCUCCAAUACCUUCCACUCGAUCGCCCUCGACAGCCCCCGCGCGCCAGAGCCUGAGCGACCGAUACGUCGCGCAGACGAUAACCAUACCGCACCCCUCCCCAAGAUGUCGCUCCCUCCAGUGCCUAUCGACGAAGAUGCUUACUCUCAUACCGCACCUCUCCCUUCAUCGUCUUCUCGCCACCAGGAGUAUACUCUGCCGCUCCGCGAGGAGCCCUCCGCGCCUGUUCCAGGGCUAUCCCGUAAGCCUAGUGUGACACAGUUCGCAGGGCUGCCUGCACCAUCCCCUCUUCGGAAAUCUUUACGCGUACCUGGAGAUCCCACUACGACUAGCGGAGGCGGUACAACUGCGCCUCCUCCGGGUGGCAAGAGAACCUCGUGGUUAUCUAAGGCACGCGAAACUAAGGCCUUGGAGACGACGGCGAAGCGGACGAGCACGUUAGGUCAGGGUCUCGGACUUACCGUCUUCAGUAACAAACGGAAGAGCGGCGAGAUGCUCGAGUCGGCUCGGGAUAUGUUCGCUCCGCCGAAUACAACCCUCAAGCCGCUUGAAGAAGAGCAGAGAGUGCCCAAGAUGGCUAAGCUGUCCCAAUCCCCUGAUGACACAGUCUUCGACGGUAAAGGCAAAGGCAAGACUACGUCACCUAAUACCGCCCAGGAUACUAUACCGCGUUCAGGUACCGUAGCUGAAGUCACCGCCACGGCAAUCGUUGCUACUACCACUACCACAACGAGCAGUACGUCACUACAAGCGGACGAUGAUGUGCUUGGCCUCCUCAAGAAGACCGCAGCUGGUUAUGGCGCUCGCGUCGGCAAGAGUAUGGGCAAGUCUCUGGGAGGUAACGCCGCGGCGGCCCUGGCAGAGGCCCGCGCGCAGGCAGAGGCGCGUGUCGCCGAGCGGCAUAAGCUCGCGAUGGGUCUCGCAAAGGACUCCGAGGACGUUUCUAUGACGUCUGAAGAUCAACCGUUUUCUACGGAUGAUGUUCUUCCUACCGCAGCGCACGCCGAGUCGGAGCGUAGGCUCAGCGUAUCAGACCUCGUUCCAACGUCGCAUGGGACAGGCAAGGCUACCAGCGCUGCUGCCCCAUCCUCCACGCCGCCAGACGCAGAUACCAGCACUUCCACGACGCCGCCAAAUUCUCCUCCCCCACCACCUCCUCCUCGCGCCACCACGUUCUCUGCACCCACCGGACCAGUGUUCAGCAAGCCGACCGCGCCGCCGGCACCAAUUGCUCCUUCCACCUUGUCUGCCGCACCGUCGGCACGCAUGGAGAGCACCGCUGGCCCAAGCGUCGGGCGCGACUUCUCGUUUAAGAUCCCCAACAACCCUUUCUCGAUUCCCGCAGCGAUGACCCUCGGUAUGGGGAGCAAGUUCGCUCCGCUCUCCGCGCAGAGCAGCAAAGCGAGCAUCUUCUCCGACGUCGUGUUCGACACCAACAACAUGUCGCCACAGCCGUCGUGGAUGCCCUCCACGCAAGACACAUCGUACUCCGCUGGCGGCUCGCAAAGUCAACCGAAGGCCACGUUUGUGGAUGACAACGACGACCUGGACGAGGACGACAGCUGGGGCGUGGAGGAGAAGUUCGCCGCCCACCAGACUUGGACGCCGUUCGGGUUCUCGAGCGUGGACCCCGGUACGGCCGGCGAGCAGGCGUUCAAGGACGACACGAUGACGUGGAGCACGCAGCCGAGCCGGAGCACGACCGGCUCGAUUGCGCCCACGCAGAACUUCUUCUCCAUCCUGCCGCAGAGCAAGGAGGAAGAAGAGGACGAGAGUCGGGUGGAGGAGGAAGUGGAUGCGCCAGAAGACUUUGCGGCUCGGUUAGCGGCUGCGGCACACCAGGCCUCGGACGCGGACGAUGGUCUCAACGAAGCAGAUAUGGCGAUGGAGAUUGACGACGAUGUAGAGGACGUGCAGGAUGACGACGAGAAAGAAGACCUCGAGGAGGCUAUAUUGAAGGGUAAACCCACAGUUACGCUCGUACAGCAGUCAAGCAAGUCUGACUUGAUUCCGGAACAUCGCAGUGAAAGCCAGCAGUCGAUGGCGUCGACAGCCUCUUCUUCGCAGCAAUCGCAACUUGGCUUCUUCGGCCAGGCGAGUAAGCUGGUUAGCAGCGUGCUCGGCGGAAGCAAGAAGAGCAAACCGGAGGUCAAGAGCUUGCAGCUCGCCGCCGCUGCGGCCAAGAAGCAACAAGAGGAGCAGGAGAAGAAGGCUGCGCGGAUGAAGGACAUGGAAAACCGCCGGCAACAAGCGAUGCAGCGCAAGGCGGAGGAAGAGAAGACCCGCGCCUUGGAAGAGGAGCGAAAGAUCAAGGAGGAGGCCGAGCGUCGCAAACGCGAGCGUGAAGAGCACACUGACAAGCGGCCCCUUCGGAGCACUACCACCGUCGCUAAGAAGGCCGAUGAGGACAACACUCAAAAGCGCAAGCUUGCCGCGCCCACCUCGAAGCCGCCAUCAAAGGACAAGAAAGACUCUACUGCCCCUCCUCGUCUUGCCAAACCCAGCGCAGGUCCUGGCGCCGCAUCCUCGUCGAAGCCAAGUGGUCUCCCAAAGUCCGCACUCAAGCAGCCAGCUUCCUCGGUGCCGGUCACGCCUGGAGCAGCGAAGGCAGCCCCGAAGACCGUGAAGCACGUCCCCUCUUCCAGCAACCUCAAGUCCGCCGCUGCAGGUCCCAGCAAAGGCAAGGCCCCCGCCCGCGAAGCGUCCGAGCCGCCCGCCGCGAAGAGCACCAAGGCCGCCGCCGACUCACGCGCCGCAGCCGGGCCCCCCGCGGGCGCACCGCAGGUCACGAGUGAGAGCAUCGAGCUGCCGGACAUCAACAGCGAGUACUCGGACUCGGACGACGAGGACCGGCCGUCGCGGAAGCGCGCGCUGCCGGACUGGGCGCAGAGCCCGGACAUCGCGGCCGCGCUGCAGCAGCAGAGCACGAUCAACCCGGACGACAUCUUUGGGCGGAUCGGGCCGCUGCGGAUGGAGGAGAUCUUCCGGACGCGCCAGAGCCGGUUCAGGGCGCGCACGAGCUCGGCGAACUGGACGGGCACGGACGAGCUCACGGCGGAGGAGGAGCGCGAGUAUGCGCGCCGGAUGGGCUUCCGGUGAGCGGGAGGUGUGGGGGCGGCGGGCCGCUGAUUCGUGUAUGAGACAUUUUGAUUGGACACUGUAAAGCGGAGUUGACUGCGUUGAACUUCAUAAUGAUAGAAACAGAACGCACGGGCACGUUGUAAUCAACGAGGAUGAAGCUACUGUAUGACAAGGCGCGUAGGCACAGGAAUCCGAGAGAUAGAAACAGAAGGUAAGAUAAGAUACAUCUAUAGUAGCAGGAUUAGGAGAUCUAAAGUACUUGGGACGUCCAGGAAUCUGUCCACACAAAUCGGUGAGAGUAUGUGCAGGGGUGCAAGCAACGGGUGGAUAUCUGGGUCAGAACAUCAUCGUGUCCUGAGAGUGCGCACUUCCACAUUGCCGAUGGUGGCGCUCCCAGUCUGACCUCUGGCAUUCGUUCGAGCAAUAGAACGCGCCCUUGCAUCCGCCGCAUAUACGGAGGUCAGGUGUGCGGAGCAGCCCUUUGCGACAUCUAGAGUUGCUGCACCGCAUAUCAUCGGGCGCACCCAGCAUUCUGAGUGCCUGCGCCUUCAGCAGCUCGCUCCUCGCCUUCGACACCCGCGCGAGAUUCUCGCGGGUAUUCGUGAUCUCCUUGAACUCGCGGGCAGCCAUGCUCGCAUCGAGCGACUUCGCGAACCACCGCUCCGCGUCGUCAAGCCGGCCCAUGUGGAGGUAGAGUUCGCCGAGGCUGUUCCACAGGGCGGCGACGGUGGAGUCUGCGGAGGGUGCGCGGGGCUCGACCAGCGCGAGGGCGCGGUGGAGGAGCUGCUCGGCCUCGGUGUGGCUGCCUCUGGCGUCGAGCUGACGGGCCUUGGAGCUCAGGGAGAGGGCCUCCGUGAGCGCGGCGUCGAAGUCCGGCGCCGGGGGUGCGAUAGAGGGAGAGAACGCAAGGCCGUUGGAGCCCAUGGUGAGGGAGAGCGUGGUGGUAUGGAGGGAAAG